AAUAAAAACAACGAACAUUCGGCUUCAAGGACAAAAUCAAACCAUUAUUGUAACUUGUUUGUUAAGUGGAUCUUUACCACCUUAUUCUGUGCAUGCUCUUCUCGGCCGGUCCGGUGUUGAGUUGCUAUAAACUUUUUCUGAUAAAAGCCGAGUUGAUUAGCUAAUGGCUCCUUAAUUUGGUUGGAAUUAAAUUUAAUAGCAAGUUUGAUUCUUCUGCUGUUGUAAUUGAUACGUUAACUUCUAGAAAAGCAGUCAAAGCACGCACAAGACUAAUGAGUGUCUUAGUUUUCUUCUCCUGGAUUUUAAAAAGCUCAGAUAAUUCCCAUGACUAUUUGAUUUCCUCUUCCAAUAAAGACUCUCAAUCUAAUAAUCCACACCCAAAUUUCAAAUACAAUCUUUUCCGUCAAAGUUUCAAGAGCCCUUUACCCUUUUAUUGCCAUCUCUUGAUUCAUUUUCAGAGACAGGAACCCAAAAACAAAAGACAGAAGACAGAAGCAAGCGAAUAGAGAUCAUGGCAUGCUUUGUGCCUUUCAACAACAGGAAUUUGGAUACAAGUUUUUUUGUCUUCAGGCCUACAGUAGUUUUAGUUGAUGAGUUUGUUGAUACGCUUAAGCACUUCUCUGGGAGUACUGAGAGUCUUGGUUGUGUUCGGAGUUCCAUUUUCAGAAGCAUCCAUGGAAAUAUGAUCAUAUGGUACGGAGCAUGGACGAAGAAAUCUAGUGAGAACAAAGAGUUGUUAACUUCAGCCCUUUUAUCAAUGUUAACAAGCAUAUCAAGCAUGGCAAUCUUGACUGACCAUGGCUUCUUUGAUGCUUACGCCGGAGAAUCAAGAGACGGGUCUUCAGCUGCAAAGUUUUCAACCGGAGAUGCAAUUUCCAUGAACGUAAUAGUGCCACAAUCAGGAGACAUAAACGACCUGUCGUAUGCAAAUUUAGCAAUCUUCAAAUCCCACUUCCUGAAGAUGGAAGGAGUAAGUGCAGGAGUUUGCCUGAAUUGCCAGACCAUGCCUAGAGUGGUAUCACUGUACGUGUGGAAAUCUCUCCAGUUCUGUUACUCAUGGAUUAUAAAUUCUGACCACAGAAAGACAAUGCUUCCUUACCUUGAACGUUUUUCUCUUGACAUUAAGUAUGACAUUUUUAGGGUAGUUUUUGUCAGCAGCGACAACCUAUUAAGUUACCAACAUCUUCCUUCUCAUAUGAUGUUACAAAAUGAAGAGACCAGAAAAGAAAAAUCCCAGGUAAUUAUGCAAGAUUAAGAAUCAUUAUUGAUUAUUCCUACAUAGGUUUUAAUACCCUUUUGUGCAAAAAUGUUCCUGAUGUAAAUUAUAUUGUUCACAAACUCCUACAACUUUAACAUA